AUGUUCACCCAAAAAAUUGCAACGUUUUUGGUCAAUAUAAGGAAUAAGUUAUCUACGGAAGAAUGUAUUGAAUGUAUUGUUUGUUAUAAUCAAGUUCCGUUAAAGUCAAUUAUUUGUUGUUUUGUGCCUGUUGAAAGGAAAGAUAUUUUAACGAGUGAAUUGGCUGUUUUUGAUAAUUUUGAAUUUGAACGAGUUAUGAAUAAAGGGGAGAAGGAAGUGAAACUUGAAGGUAAGGGAGGGGAUUGGGAAAUUGAAAAAAAUAAAUUUCCAGAAAUAUCUGACCCUCAAUCACAUCCAUUCUGUCGUGACUGUAUUCUCGGCUUAGCAAAGGCAGCUGUUGGAGAAAUUCCUUUAGCUAAGGGGGGUAUUGGAUUGCGUUGUAUGAUGACUGGGUGUGACAAUCCUAUUUUAUAUUCUGAAAUUUACAAACUUCUACCAAAAAAGAUACGAAAUAAAUUAGAAGAAAGAAUGUUUGAGGAAAGCAUUGGAAUGGCUUUGCCUAAUUUGGAAAGAUGUAAGAAAUGCAAUUUUGCAAUUCAAAUGGAAGUAGACAAAAAAUUAAAUAAAGUUUUUGAUUGUCCCGGUUGUAAAGCACAGUUUUGUCGUUUAUGUGACAGAGAUUGGGACGACAACCAUUUUGGUAUAAGUUGUCAGGAAGUGGAACAGAAAAUUAAAGACUCGAAGAGAAUCAAAAAGGAGAGAGAAAUUGAGAAGAAAAUAAACGAAGCAGUCGUUCGAAAAUGUCCAAGAUGUGGAGUUCAAUUUGUAAAAGAAAAAGGAUGCAAUCAUGUUACUUGCCGUUGUGGUAUGACCCAAUGUUAUUUAUGCAGACAAACUGGAAUUGAACACGAUCAUUUUUGCCAACAUUAUCGUGAUCCAAAUAGUCAAACUUGUAAUGAAUGUAACAAAAAAUGUCUUCUCCACGAAGAUGCAAACAAGAUAGACCAACAAAUAAUUAAAGAAAUUCGUGAAAAAGGAGAGACUUCUGUUCGUUUCACAACUCCAACAAGUCCAAAUCGGAAGUCUAAUACUGCUUCUAAUACAGCACGUCUCACUAAUACAGCAGAGUCUGCUACAGCAGAUUACACCAACGAACUUGAAUUUAGGGAUAUACUAAUGGGUAUACUAGGAUCAAUACUUUUUUCCACCAGUGUAUCUAAAGAAGAAUGUAUUGAAUGUAUUGUUUGUUAUAAUCAAGUGCCGUUAAAGUCAAUUAUUUAUUGUUUUGUGCCUGUUGACAAGAAGGAUAUUUUAACGAGUGAAUUGGCUGUUUUUGAUAAUUUUGAAUUUGAACGAGUUUUGAAUGGAAAAAUUUGUGAAGAGAAGGAAGUGGAUAAAGUUGAAAUUGAAGGUAGGGAAGGGAUUGGGAAAUUGAAAAAAAAUAAAUUUUUAGAAAAAUCUGACCCUCAAAUUCACACAUUCUGUCACGACUGUAUUCUCGGCUUAGCAUCGGCAGCUGUAGGAGAAAUUCCUUUGGCUAAGGGAGGUAUUGGAUUGCGUUGUAUGAUGACUGGGUGUGACAAUCCUAUUUUAUAUUCUGAAAUUUACAAACUUCUACCAAAAAAGAUACGAAAUAAAUUAGAAGAAAGAAUGUUUGAGGAAAGCAUUGGAAUGGCUUUGCCUAAUUUGGAAAGAUGUAAGAAAUGCAAUUUUGCAAUUCAAAUGGAAGUAGACAAAAAAUUAAAUAAAGUUUUUGAUUGUCCCGGUUGUAAAGCACAGUUUUGUCGUUUAUGUGACAGAGAUUGGGAUGAUGACCAUUUUGGUAUUAGUUGUGAGGAAGUGGAGCAGAAAAUUAAAAACUCGAAGAGAAUCAAAAAGGAAAGAGAAAUUGAGAAGAAAAUGAACGAAGCAGUCGUUCGAAAAUGUCCAAGAUGUGGAGUUCAAUUUGUAAAAGAAAAAGGAUGCAAUCAUGUUACUUGUCGUUGUGGUAUGACCCAGUGUUAUUUAUGCAGACAAACUGGAAUUCAACACGAUCAUUUUUGCCAACAUUUUCGCGACAGAUAUCAAAAAAUCUGUAAUCAAUGUAACAAAAAAUGUCUUCUCUACGAAGACCCAAACAAGAUAGACCAACAAAUAAUUAAAGAAAUUCGUGAAAAAGGAGAGACUUCUGUUCGUUUCACAACUCCAACAAGUCCAAAUCGGAAGUCUAAUGUUGCAUCACUUACCACUUCUAAUCCAGCUACAACAAACUCAACAAGUCCCGAUACAGAUGUGACAUAUAUAUUAGUGGGUAUCACAAUUGGUUUAGUAAUAGUUAAUGUGGUUAUUUGGGGAUCUAGGUGA